ACCGGAAGGAUAACGGAAAUCAUCAGUUCAAUCGCAAACAUUACAGUGCAAAGUUCAAAUCUUGCUCUACGAUCGACGAACAGUUUUGUGCAGUAUUCAGUGAAAUCAAACAAAUUAGAAGUGACAAUGUUCAUUCAAAGACAACCAUCCCUGGCAAAGCUCAUCUGCGCCGCGAUGCUUUUGGUGGUGCUUGCGUCGUCGCUUUCCGAAGCGCAGGUCACGUUCUCGCGCGACUGGAACGCUGGCAAGCGGUCACUAGUGGAAACUGCCCAACCGGCUGGUGAUUGUGGCGCCAUCUGGCGCUCGGUUACCGGACUAUGUGCUGCCAUUACGAAAAACAUUCAACACUUGACCAUGUGCGAGACCAGAUCGCUGUUGAAAAGCAUGCAAAAUGAAGAGAUGAGCAUGGAGAACAACAGCGGCAGUGGUGGACCCAUUUUUGCCAACAAUCACUUGUAACUAAACCGACGCAACGUGGCCACUAGUAUCAGUUUAUCAUGGAGUACGAGAACAAACCCAAACAAAAAUCCUCAAUAAUUGAAUGAAUAAUAAAAUGUCAACUUGAUUCAAAUA